AGCCUUCGCCGUAGUAGGAUUUUUGAUAUCACUUUCGGGCUUCGUGAUUGUGUUGAACUUCGUCAAGCCAAAUAAUUUUUCCUUGACUUAAUUCAGACAACUGUAUCGGAUUCUUCUUUGUUUUAUUUGCACUAGAUUUACAUUUUUCGUACUGUACUAACGUGUCUCACUGCCCACCGUUAUCAAGCGACCAAAGGUCACUUUAUUUCCGGCUGCAGGACUCGCUGGUGUUGGGCUCCAAAAUGAGCGCAAGGAAUAUUGCUCGCUUUUGGGAAUGGGGAAGGAAAAUAAUAUGCGUCGGGAGAAACUAUGCAGAUCACGCAAAAGAACUCAAAAAUGCAAUUCCCAGCGAACCUGUGCUUUUCCUGAAGCCUCCGUCUGCUUACAUUAGGGAAGGGUCUCCGAUUCUGGUCCCCUUCUACACCAGCAAUCUCCACCAUGAAGUUGAGCUCGGGGUGGUCAUUGGUAAAGGAGGAACUGCUAUUCCUCAGUCUUCAGCCAUGGACCAUGUGGCUGGAUAUGUGUUAUGCCUGGACAUGACAGCUCGGGACAUUCAGGAUGAAUGCAAGUCCAAAGGUCUUCCAUGGACCCUGGCCAAAGCUUUCAACACUUCAUGCCCUAUUAGUGACUUCAUUCCCAAGGAGAAGAUCCCAGACCCUGGGAGCAUCAAUCUGUGGUUGAAGGUGAACAAUAUCCUGAAACAGAAUGGAAGCACAUCCCAGAUGAUCUUUUCCAUUCCAUAUCUCAUAAACUACAUCAGUGAGAUCAUCUCUUUGGAAGAAGGUGAUCUCAUUCUCACUGGGACCCCUAAAGGAGUGUCAAGCGUCCAGGAACAUGAUGAACUUCAAGCUGGGAUAGAUGGCAUUGUGACUAUGACAUUUACAGUUGAUAGAAAAAGCUGAUUUGAAAAAGAAUUAACAUUCUUGAGUCUCAAAUUGCUGAAAAGCACAACCAUUUUGAUUGUUUUAAAUGCAAAUGCAAUGUCUGACAAUGACAAAAUCACUGAAUGGGAAACAUAAUGUUUUUCUUUUCUAAAUAAAAAAGAAGAAAGACCA